UAUACUUACAAGCGAACCUUGAAAUAAUUUCUAAGAGUAUGAAAAAGUGCAUUUUUCUGUCAGAACUUUAUUCAACGUCAUUAUACUUGCCAAUAGGCAUUAACUCGUAUAAUCAUGUUUAAACGUAAAAUGCUACCGCAAUAUUUGAGGCACUGUUUUAUCAUAAUGGUUACGGUAUGCAAAUAGCGGUAAAAUUUCACUGAUAUUAAUAGGAAUUAGUUAAAUAAGUUGCGACUUUAGCUGCAUUACCUCAAAACCCAGCUACGCUACUAUUUAUAAUUACUAGAAUAUUACAAAGCGUCCAUUACAUGCGCAUCACAUUCAUUUUCUUAGGCCAUGUAUUAUUUAAUGAAUUCUAAAGUUAGAAAAAGAAAUAUGUUGCCAAUAUACAAAAAUAUAUUAAUGCAUAUAAAUAUAACAUGUCAUUUAAUCUAUGGAAUUGCAUAAUUUAAUCAUAGACAAUUUUUUAAAAAUUGAAAUUAGUGUAUUAGGAUAUUUCGUUUUCGUAUAAUGACUCAGUUUCUACAGCUUUUAAUUUCGAAUAAUGGAAAAUGCGCGGCAGCAACAUUAGUAAAAUAUUGGAACUUAAACAUUUAUUUACAGUUUUGACGUCAUUUUUUAUUUCUUAUCAGAAUAUUAUCGUUUUUUACAUGUUCGUGAACUAGUCACACGAUGUAAUAAUAAAAGCGACAUGCUCGCUUGUAUAAAUAAUAUCAUGCACGUUUUGCAAUAUAGAAGUCCACAACUUAAAAGCACAUUUAAUUUUACAAUAAAUUUACAUUAAAUUUUUUUUGUUUUUGCAGCUAAAAGAAGAUAAUCUUUAUAUUUAUAUUAUACUAUAUUAUAUUUUGCAAUAGAAAGUUUUCUUGCCAGAUAAGAUUGCAACAUCUCUCAUAUGAGGCCAGUUUUUAAAUUCUGAGGUAAUAUUUUGCUGAUCACUUUUAUUAUUUUAAUAAUAACUAUGUGUAAUUACUAACAAUAUAAUAAUUAAUCCCUUAAUAAUCGCGUAAUGAAAUAAGUUAUUUAUUAAUUUACACAUCUAUUCUUUUAUAUCCGAGAAUAUAUUUUCAUUUAUUUAAUAUUUAUAACGUCAAAGAUUUUAUGGUAAUUUUAAUUUAAAUUGCUAGAUGUGUGUGCGCUUUCCAAUUUCCAAUAUGAAGAAGUAUACCGAAAGAGAAAGUAAUAUAGUGUCGUAAGCUGGUAAGUAAGUUCGUCAUCAUGAGCGAAACCGGUUAGUCGGUUUUUCGCUCUUCAAUAGCGACAAACUUCUAUAGAUACGUGCCAUGUUCUUAAAACUUUGUACUUAAUAAUUAUUUAAGUGUCAAAAUAAAUUUGCCAAAAAAUUACUUUUUAUGCUAAUCAUUCCGAUUAACAUCUUUAUAAGUGCAAAUCUCUUUGAAGCGCGUGUGUGUGUGUAUUUAAAACUCUUCUUUGCCUCUUUAAAAUUAAUUUUAUAGAAACUUUUAUAUUAAAAAAGAAUAUGUUGCGAAUUGUAAUAAUUCUAUCAUUUAUCUGCUGGUUAGACUCACUGAGUGCUCAUCCUGCGGAUGAACCGACAAAAUUUAUCCUCAACGACAUGCAAAAUAAUGCAGAAAGCAUCUUACCUUCAAGAUUGGAAGAAGCAAAGGAAUUGUUAGGACGUGUCGCCGAUACGAUUAGAAUUGGCACAGGAAGAUUUAUCAAUUCGAUAAUAUUGGCCAGAAACAUCAUUAUUGAUCGAGUGGAGCAAUUAACUAGCGAAACUCAGAAUAAUGUUGAACCAGUAGUUAUUAUGGUUGAGAAACCUAAUCAGAGCCGCAGGUCGGUGCAAAGUACAACGCCGAUAGUUUUGUUCCAUCCGAUGACGAGAGAAUCAGUUCGUUUAGAAAACGAGACUGAGCAGGCAAUUUUAGAAAGACGAAAGCCUGACAAUAUUAGACAAGCAUUGAAUAAUAUUGUGACGCCUACCCCAAUCGUUGACGGAAUUAAGGAGGAAGAAAAAUAUGGUAAUACGGGAGAUACAUUUAUUGGAUUCGGGAGAGUGUUUGUUAAAGGUUUCGAAAAUCUCGCUAAUACUUUGAGCGCCAUAAUAAAUAUCCCUUAUAAUGCCGCCAAACAAACUUCUCGAGCAGCAACCCAAAUAUUGGAUCAAUUAGGCAAAAGGCUCAUUGGACUCGAAUAAUAAAUAUAAAUGUACAUAAAUAUGUAAUUAAUUACGAAAAAUGUACAUAGAUUAAAUAAAAUGUUGUCAUGUAA